AUGGAGCGAGUCACGUAUGAAGAUAGACUCAAAUCGACUGGAGCUGGGAAUCCAGUUCCUUCUUUGCUGAAAGAGGAGAAAGUCGAAUCGUAUAGCAUCGUCGAAUCUUCUGCUAGCCUAAUGGAUAUCGACACUCCUACAGGCCUCAAAACACGGAACGACACCCCUGCGUACGCGGUCGUUGGCCCUACUGCCCUAUCACCUACCGGCGCUUUCGGCUUUACUGAUUACACUCCCGUCCGAACCCGGGAUGGAGUCCGUGUCGUCAGGAAUAGUGGGGCACCUAAUAUGUCUGCAGCUACUGUUACUAUUCCGUUCAUCCCCCGUAGCAGACAUCCUAUGUCCGAUGCACCCCAGCCACUCGACCAAUUACAGCCGCCGAAUCCCAACAUUACCGCGGCAACUCGUAGUCUGCUCGAACUCUUCAGCACCGACGAAAGACACUUCCAGACCGCUGUCAUUGCCGGAACUGGACAGUCGGUCACAGCAGAGGCUGCGAGAGUGAGAGAAAUGCUGCUCAGUGCGAGAUCUAAGUCCGCAGCAAUGAGAUGUGAGUGUUUCGAGUGUGGGGGUGCAUUGCUCCUUGAAGGCCCGUGUUUCUGGAAGCUAGACUCGUUGUAA